AUGGACGCGACUUUCUCAAGGUUAACUGAAGUAAAGCUUCGCAGUUAUGGAAUACCGGAUGGACCUUCAUCAGACUUGCGGACUUCUUCAAGGAGUGCAAGGAAAAAAGAAGCGUUCGUUCUCCUCUUACAAGACCCAGAAAGAUUUGAAAGAGAAACAUAUCCACUCGAAGACGAUGACGAAGAAUUACUACCAUGUGUAAGGGAAAUAAAGCGGAGGUUGGGAACAUGGGGAGUAUUCUUACUGACAGCAAUGAAGCAGCGCAUUCUUGAAAUUAUUGACGAAGAAAUCUCUAGACGUGUGGAUUACGCCCUCGAAGAGCUUCUAUGA